CGUUUUCUGCUCGCCGAUUGGUCAGUACGUCUAGCGGUCAUAAGUCGUCGCGUUCUGAUUGGAUGACGUCUUUAAACCUGUUAGUCCCGCCUGUUCCGCUGAACUGUACGCUGUCCAUGGGAAGGAUGACAUAAGAGGGGCAUUAUUUAAAAAAAUGGCGGCCUCAGUGAUACCACAAUCUCCUAGUUCUCCACUGCAUAGUGUUUCUCUGCUGAGCAAGUCCUUUCCCCAGCUGCCCAGCCCACGAAGAAGAAGACAUGGUGGGAGAGCUAGAAGCCACUGGAAUACAGCCAGUCUGACAGGGGAGGACUGGAGCUCUUACAGCCUCUCUUCAGCAGCUAGCAACAACCUGCUACAUUCACCCAGCGGUCUACCUACCCCAGAUGACACCAUUCACUCUUUACCAUCAUAUGCACGGAGCUCAAGCAGAGCUGUACUGACUGUGAACACCUCAACCACACAGAUUUUGAUGGCAAAUGAUAAAGCCUGCAGAAUGUUUGGGUACAGUAGCCUUGAGUUAAUCGGUAUGAGUCUGUCCAUCUUGAUCCCCGCCUCCAGCCACAGAAUUUCGGAGACUCUGGAAGAGGAAUUGAUAGAGGCUGGUGGGAUUUCUAGGGUACCUGGAGAAGUGGUUGAAGCAGUGCGGAAUGGGGGAGAGGUGAUUGUGUUAUGCCUCUGGGUACGCAGAGCGAAGAACCAAUGUUUGCUGUUUCUGGAUACUGUACAGAUCAUCACAACUGUUCUGUCUUUUCAGCAGGAUGGUAGGAUUGUGUCCUGUGAUCCAUCUUGUGCACAGUUAUAUGGCUUUAUGGAUCCAGAGGAGCUUUUGGGUCAACAUAUUACAGACUUAAUGCCAACAAUUCAUAUCCCGCAUCAUAGAAAAGAGAUGUCACAGAGCAUUCAGCAACAACGUGUAGUCGGAGUGACACGUAAUGGAGCCACUUUUCCUCUGAGUCUGACUUUAAUAAAUGAUUUUCCUGAUGAAGUGUCUCCAGUGGAAGAAUACUAUGCCAGCCUCAGCGUCCUCUCUUCUAUCAGCGGUCUGAUUACUAUUUCUCCCGAUGGAAACAUCCAGGGAAUCAAUGGAACAUUUUCACGAUCCCUUUUUGGAUAUGACAGGACACAGCUCCUGGGAAAGAAUGUUACCUUUCUGAUUCCUGGAUUUUACCAUUACAUGAGAAGUGCUGAAGAGGAGGCUUCUCUCCUGUCCCCACCAGAAGAGGCACAACUUAGAAGCAAAUCUUGUGACGUCAUUUGCAAUGGUGCUGCUGAGAAGUCUGUACAGAAAUGUAAGUCUGAGGAUCUUCUGGCGGCUGGAGAAGGAUACCAACAUCCUACUUGUUCUAUAGUACUGAGCCCGUCUUCUCCCUUAUCUGCAAGGACACUUAAUGGCCACCAUAAAUCUGUUCAUGGAGACCAUUGUACACUGAACUUGCCUGCAUGUUGCUUCUCACCUGGGACACCUACACAGGAUGAACCACAGCAGGGAGGUCUGGUGAAAGAAAAAUGCAACCUACCUGACCUCCUUCCAAGCCUGGGUAUGGAGCUGGACUUGGCACCUCUCACCCACUGUCUACAGAGUAUGAACUUAACAGGAAACAGAAAACAGAAUCCACCUUGUGUCAAUAAUUCUCCUUUGUCUUCUCCCUGUGCCUCAAAUGUAAAGAAAACACAGCCUCUUCCUAUGGAUAAUACGACUCCAGUUACAGUACAGGUAGCUCCAUUACCUGCUUCUCCAGUGUUCCCAGCAGUCUCUCCUUCUAAAUGCUCUGAUCCCACUGUCAGUGCCCACACCGACAAAGACAGCAAUAGCAAUACUCCAUCUUGUAGCUGCAAUAGCACAGAACAGUGUGCAACCUGUCUUGAUAGAUCACUUGUAAUCUCAAGUCCUCCUCCAUUAUGUCACAGUAGUCCAAUCACAGGUAAAUCACAACCUUUGCCCCUUCCGAAUACAAACUCACCAACGCAUAAUUCCUCACCUCUAGCCAGAGAACUGUAUCCUGAACGUAAUGAAGCAUGUGCUGGUGAUGAAGUCCCUUCCACAAUGGUUGAACCUGAUCAUCAACCUGCCAACCACCCUGUCUUCAGAGCACAUCCUUCUAGGAACUCGUACACAGAGCAAGAUCUAUAUGGCUUACCCAACAUGUCACCAGAACAAGCCUCAGGCCAGGUUGAGGAUGUGCAGAUUUCAAGGAAGGAGAUUUCCCAUGCAACAUCUACUCCUGUUAAAGAUGGCUUCACCCAGUCAUUGAUGGUUCCUCCAUACACCAACAAGUCCCAUGCUCUAUAUCUUCCAACUCAAUACAUCAGCUCUGAAAUUAGGGAAGGAAUUUUCACUGGAAGCUGCUAUCACCGAGAUGGCUCCAGACUUUAUAUUCAGUUUGAAGUACACGCUGCGUGCUCCGCUGGCUUGCCAUUAUUCAGUGUUUGGGUUUGUAAAGACAUGAUGCAGGGACAGAGAGAAGCUAUUGCCAGAACCCGCCUUCUGCUCUCCAGUCUGGCUAGUUCAUCUCAAUCUCUUCUGGAACAGUCUGAGCGCAGUCUAGGAGAGCUGAUUCGCAGCAAUGCUGAAGCUGGACAUUGCACAGAAAUCCAGGAUCUCCAGAUGCUUGGUGCCUGUGGUGGUCAAUAUGAAGAGGAAUAUGAGACUUUGUUCCCUCUUGGUAAAGGAGCGUUUGGCUUUGUGUGGUCUGCCAGACACAAGGAAGAUGCAAAAGAGGUUGUAGUGAAAUUUAUCCGUAAGGAUCGGGUGUUAGAUGACUGCUGGGUUCAGGAUCCUGAACUUGGGAGGGUUACACAGGAAAUUGCUAUUUUGUCCAGGCUACAGCACCCCAAUGUUAUUAGGGUCCUUGGGGUCUUUGAGAGUGACACAUUCUUUCAGCUAGUAAUGGAACUACACGGUGAUGCACUUGACCUCUUUGACUUCAUUGAUAAUCAGCCUAACCUAGAUGAGCCUCUGGCCAGUUACAUUUUCCGUCAGUUGGUGUCAGCAGUGGGCUAUCUACAUAGUCACUAUAUUUUGCACCGUGACAUUAAGGAUGAAAAUAUUAUCAUUGCUCCUGACUUCACGAUAAAGCUGGUCGACUUUGGUUCAGCAACUCGUCUGCAGCCUGGAAAAUUGUUUUCUACAUUUUGCGGCACCACAGAAUACUGUGCUCCAGAAGUUCUGCUUGGCAACCCGUAUCCAGGCCCAGAGCUGGAAAUGUGGUCCCUUGGGGUAACUCUAUACACUCUGAUAUUUGGAGAAAAUCCUUUCUGUGAGGUUGAAGAGAUCCUGGAGGCAGAGCUGAACCCUCCUUUCUCUGUAUCUCAAGAAUUGCAUGAUCUUAUUUCUGGCCUUCUUCACUGUGACCCAGAAAUGCGUAUGACUCUGGAUGAACUCCUCAGGGAUCUUUGGGUGACGCAGCCUGUCAACCUUGCUGAAUAUACCUGGGAGGAGGUAUAUCCACCUGCCUGCUCCCAAACAGAUGAAGUAUUAAAACAGAUCCCUCUCAGCCAUAGCUCUGAAUGAAAUGGAGAUGUUGUAAAGAAAACAAAGUGAUAUGUACAAAAAAUAACUAAUCCAGAUGAAGAAAACACAAAUUGCACUUGUCACUAUGACAUGAAGUUUAAGACUAUAACCAGAUUUCAGUGUGCUACCCUACCCAUCACAAGAAGAGACAAUCUGAAGAAAUCAAUCGUCCAUUCCACGGCACUACAUCAGCAUUUGUUACAGCUUACCAGUGUUAGAGAUGUUCACUCAGUCCAGUCGACUCCAGCUCUUAUGUCUCAUGUUGAUAACAAUGAACAUUCAUUGGAGCAAAAUCUAUGAACAAAAGUGAGAAAAGGUUGGCUCCAUUGGUUAAGCCUGCACUGCAGUGUUAACGUAUCUACGAUUCAUAGUUUUCCGAAUGGAAUUCAUUUGGCUGGAAUGAGUAGUUUUUGAACCAUAUAGUGCCAAUACAAAGAUUUCCAUCGGAGGGAGAUCAGAGGAAUGUUUAUUCAACUCUUCAGUGUUUUUUUUUUCCACAUGAUCUUCUUUGUAUUGAAGAGAACUAUUAUUGCUGCUAAAUUUAAAAAGCUCACAUUUGGGAGGACUUUCUCAGUUUAUAGGUAGAGUAUAAAAUCCUGAAUAAAACCACCUCCUCUGUGCUGGUGCCAAGCCAUUGCUUUGCUAUUAGCUGUGAUGCACAAAUGCCAUAAUAUAUUGUCUGUAGUGUUUUAGAAUUCUGAAGGAAAAUGGAAAUGAAUGGAACUGGAAAGGUAUGUUAUAUAUUUGCAGAACCAUUGAUUUCUGACUUUAUAAGGUACUGGUCCGUACUCAACGUGUCUUUGCAGGUGACACAGCUAUGUGAAACAUUUGUGCCAAAUUUUGCACAGUCAACAAUAGAUCUACAAUUUGGUGACUUACUCAAAGUAUUUCACAUAUGUUGUUUUUGUUUUUUAAUUUCCACAUGGAAAGCUAUCUAUAUUUUUAAGUAUCUUUAUAUAUUUUUAGGUUUGGUGAGCUUUUGUUGUUAACUGGCUGAACCCUGUUUUUAUAUCUUGGCACUUUCAGCCUCUCCAUCCCACACAUUUUAUAUGAUCCAGUCCAGGAUCCCUGAUGUUAUCCACAUGCAAUUUGUCACCAGGGCAGACUAAGAUUAUUUGACUUAGUCAACAGGGAAACCAUACCAGGACCUUCAUUUAAUGGUGUCAGCUCUAUUCUGACACUUCUGCCCCUCCAGCAUUCAUGCGACAUGCCAUUGAACAAUUUAGUGUACAGAAUAUGGAUUUGUGGGACAUUUAAAGGUGUUGUCCAACAAAAGAAUCAACCUGUGUAUGGUGUUAAAAAGUAUAAUAAAGCAACUUACUAAAAUAAUGCUAUUAGCAAUAGUGCACAGAUCUCUCCAUAUCAGCUGAGCUGUCCAGCUUGCAGCUGUGACAUCACGUCACACCUUCUGCUCCUCCCAACCCCCCACCCUCCUUCCUGUCUGCUCAGGAUGAGACAAUUGGUGUGAAGAGGGGAACUCAUAUUACUUCUCAUUUUUAUUUAAGGCAGCAGGAAGCCUUUCUCAGUAGUUUCAGUCACAACAGGCUCUAUGCUGCUUUAUCUGAGAAAGGCUUCCUACUGCUUUAAAA